GUCGUUGUGCGCACGCUCUUUCCCAGGGGGUAAGGAGAGUGGGCCCCAGUCAUGGAGAAUGCUGUGCCGUUGGUCCAGGAAGAGAAAAGCACAGAUAGUCCGGGAGUGCAGGCGGCGGCGGCGGCAGGUCAGGGAGGAGCCCUGGUGGAGCUCACCCCGACCCCCGGCGGCCUGGCUUUGGUGAGCCCCUACCACACCCACCGGGUCGGGGACCCCUUAGACCUCGUGGCGCUCGCAGAGCAGGUGCAGAAGGCUGAUGAAUUCAUUCGAGCAAAUGCCACCAACAAAUUGACAGUCAUAGCCGAGCAGAUCCAACAUUUGCAAGAACAAGCCAGGAAGGUACUGGAAGAUGCCCACAGAGAUGCUGACUUGCACCGUGUAGCUUGUAAUAUGGUGAAAAAACCUGGCAACAUUUACUAUCUUUAUAAACGGGAGAGUGGUCAGCAAUACUUUUCCAUUAUUUCUCCAAAGGAAUGGGGGACUGGUUGUCCACAUGACUUUCUUGGUGCCUACAAGCUACAGCAUGACUUGUCCUGGACUCCCUAUGAGGACAUUGAGAAACAAGAUGCUAAAAUCAGCCUAAUGGACAAGCUGCUGAACCAACCAGUGGCCCUGCCCUCCUGCACUGAACCCACCUUCCAGGGAUUGACCCACUGAGCUUGGACUCUGGCCAGAGCUCUCACAACAAGAGCCUGACUAUUACCUCCUUGUUUCCCCUAUUCUCUGCAUUGAUGGGACAGGGUCAUAGGAACUGAGGAUUUGUAGGUGAAUCAAGAACUUCUUGGAAGGAGACCCUAUGUGAAUGUAAAUGCUUCUGUUUUUAUUACUGUUAGUUGGGAUGGUAAGUAAUCACAGCAUUUGGGAUUCCCUUGGGGCAACAGAUGCCCAGCCAGUCAGUUUCAGAGGAUUGUCCAGUGUACUUUCCUUUUUCAUCUCCAGCUGUUCUUCCCUUAAGCCAAGGCAUAGAGAAAGAAGAACCUUCUUCCCACAGAAAAGUUAGUGGAUCAUUUUCCAAAGGUUUGAGGUUUUUGUUUUUGUUUUUGUUUUUCCAGAUUAGGAUUGCACUGUUUCACAAUUGUACAGAUCCAGCUUGAAAUUCAAAUUCAUCUUGAACCCAAGUUGCCCAGGCUCUUUUCUGGGAUGAAUAUUCUUUGUGCUGAUCUGCUCAGUAAUACUCUAACCCUUUCCUGGU